GGGGAAGGGGAAGGAGAAGCUCAGUGAGCUAGUAUUUUUUUUUGUGUGUGUGUGUUAGGGUGGUUUGUGAAAUCUUCAAUUGAAUUCAACAAAAGACUGCAGCUAACGCCGAACGGGUCUGCUCUGUUUUUUUUGGGGUGUGUGUGUGUGGAAAUUAUUUCUUGGCGUUCGGCUUUUUAAAGCAACCUCUGGACCAGUGAGGAGGCAGGCUGAAUCUCGCGCAGUGAAGCCGGACUCCUUGUCUGCAGCAUGUCUGGCCCUGGUUAUCCACCUCCGAACCAGCCCCCCUACCCGGUUCCACAGCCUGGGGGAUACUCUGUGCUCCCCUACCCCAUGGCUCACCCCGGAUAUGGAGAUCCUAGCCAGCCCGCCCCAACUCCAGGAUUCACUGUCUACCCUCAGCCUGGGGGCUACCAGCCCUCCCCUCAGCCUGGGGGCUACCAGCCCCCCCCUCAGCCUGGGGGCUACCAGCCCCCCCCUCAGCCUGGGGGCUACCAGCCCUCCCCUCAGCCUGGGGGCUACCAGCCCCCCCCUCAGCCUGGGGGCUACCAGCCCCUCCCUCAGCCUGGGGGCUACCAGCCCCCCCCUCAGCCUGGGGGCUACCAGCCAGGUCCGCUGAGCCCCCCUCACGGGUACCAGCCUGCCCCCACCAAUCCCAGGCCCUCCCCGGCACACGAUCCCCACAACCAGGUCACCCCUUACUCUGCUGUGCCCACCGGAGUGCCCCCAGGGCUGGAGUACCUCACACAGAUCGAUCAGAUCCUGGUUCACCAGAAGGUUGAACUUCUUGAAGCCUUCAUCGGCUUCGAGACCAACAACAAGUACGAGAUCAAGAACAGCGUGGGCCAGAAGAUCUACAAGGCCACGGAGAAGAACGAUUGCUGCAACAGGAACUGCUGCGGCUCCCUGCGUCACUUCAACAUGAAGAUCACCGACAACAGCGACAACGAGGUCAUCCGCCUGGUGCGACCCUACAAGUGUGCCAGCUGCUGGUGCCCCUGCUGCUUGCAAGAGUUGGAGGUGCAGGCUCCGCGGGGCACGACGAUCGGCUAUGUGGUUCAGACGUGGCACCCCUUCCUGCCCAAGUUCUCCAUUCAGAACGCCUCGAGGGAGACCGUCCUGAGGUUGGUGGGGCCCUGCUUCGCCAUCAGCUGCUGUGGAGAUGUCAACUUCGAGUUGAAGUCGAAGGACGAAGGUGCCAGUGUGGGUCAGAUUAGUAAGCAGUGGAGCGGGCUGCUGAAGGAGGCAUUUACAGACGCGGAUAAUUUCGGGAUUCAGUUCCCCCUUGAUCUGGACGUGAAGGUGAAGGCGGUGCUGCUUGGGGCCUGCUUCCUCAUCGAUUUCAUGUUCUUCGAGAAGACUGCGGAGUCAUCCCAGCGCAACACCGUCCUCUCCUGAGAGGAAGCUGGACCGAGCGGCGCCAAAACCAACGCCAGAAUUAUUUAAAAAAAAAAAAAAUCAUCCCAGAGUCCUUUGCAAAGUGCGCCCCACAGCUCUCAAACAAAGCAAACCAAACCAGUGAAGCCUCAAAACUGGAAGGAAACCGCACUUCUACACAAUCUGGUGGAUUUUAAUCCGUUGAUAUUCUGAGCAGGGGGUGUUUUAGAGCAUUUCGCAGCACUGGGUGGAGGGUCAGCCUGGACUGUAAAAUGCUCUAAUACUAUCCACUUCUGUCUUGUCAGGGGUACAGACUGAUCAAAUCAAUUAGUUA